AGUUUUGUUGACGUCAUUAAGAGCACGCGACCUCGCGGGAUGCCGUACUUCAUUAAUUAAAACGGCGAAAAGACACAAACCCGUCGUCGGCCGCGGAGGAGAACGGGAAGAAAGUUCCCACGACGUCCACGCACACAGCCUGUCCCUGCGGGCCGAGCUUGAGGGCCACUCCGCUCCGCGCCACCCUCCGAGCCAGGACGGGCCGCCCGCCGCCACCCACCCAGACCACCGCAACACCAUGGCGGCGCUGUACAUGCGACACCUGGAGGAAGAUCGGGAGAAAGAGGUGAUCAGGACAGACGUGACCGCGGACGAGGAUGAAGAGACGGCGGCGCCAGUAAUCCGCAGGAAGGUGUCGUUCGCGGACGCGUUCGGCCUCGAUUUGGUCUCCGUGAAGGAGUUUGUGGACGCCGCGGAGGAGGUCAGCGAUGAGGACGAAGUGACCCCGGCUGAGGAGUUCUACCUGUCCUGUCUCUUCACCGCGCCCGAGUCCUCGGAGGAGCUGGAGCGCAGCCUGGAAGCGCGGAUGGUGGACUUGGAGAGCAUCGAGCUCCUCCCGGGUACCACCACCCUCCGAGGCACCGUGAGGGUGCGCAACCUCUGCUACAGCAAGGCCGUCUACGCCAGGAUCACCCUGGACAGCUGGCGGAGUUGCUUUGACCUGCUGGCCGACUACGUGCCAGGAUCCAGUGAUCGCAAAACAGAUAGGUUUACCUUCCAGUACACGGUGGUCCCCCCCUUGGAGAAAGAGGGCACCCGGGUGGAGUUUUGUCUGCGUUACGAGACGUCGGCGGGCACUUUUUGGGCCAAUAACAUGGAGAUGAACUACGUGGUGUUCUGCCACCAGAAGAGUCCUCUGAAGCAAGUGCAGAGGAGCUGUCUCAAAGCGAACAGGAGGGGAGGCACUCAGGAAAAACCGAGCGACGACACGGCCGUACUGAGCACAAAAGCCGAGGCCUCGCUUGAGGAGAAGAGUGCAGAGGGCGUGUCGUUAUUUCACCCUGCAGAACACAAACCCCUGGUGGCGAGCAUAAAAAGCCGACAUAGAGCCGUGCGUCUGGCGCACGUCAAAGACAUACUCUCCCAUACGUGGGGGCAACGUGAUUGCACGGCGGCCGAGGCCAACUCUCAGAAACAAUCCAACAAGUUACCCCACGUCCUCACCUACCACCAAAUUCCUCUGAUCACGCUGGACUGGGACAACGAUAAUACUUUAAUGGACGAUAUCUGGAACGGAAGAGCCAAAGUGACCUUGUCGAAAGAAGAAAGUGUGAAAGCUGCCGGGCCGGGGAACGAUAUCUGGGGGUCUUUUCUCAACGGGCAAGGUCCCGCUGCUGAUAACGACACCUCCGUGUGUGACGUAUGGCAGGCUUUUAUUAACGGGCCUGGCUGCCAGGGCGACUUGACUGUCCCCCAGUCGGAAUGGCUGCAGACCGCCGCUCUGGUUCCUGCUGCGACUAAAAGCAAGGAGCACGUCCAGAAUGCCACCCGAGCUGCGAGUCAGGCGCAGUCGCCGGAUCGCGUUUCCUCGAGAGGUGACGACAGAGUCGCCGCAGAGUUGUUGCGGACGCCGCCCGUGUCCGAGGGAUCUGUUGACACACCAGAAGAACGGGUAACAGAGAGAAAUGAAAGCCCGAAGGAGUUGACUGCAAUGACAACGGGGACUCGGAUCUCACUGGGAGAGAAUGCCACCCGAGCUACGAGUCAGGCGCAGUCGCCGGAUCGCGUUUCCUCGAGAGGUGACAACAGAGUCGCCGCAGAGUUGUUGCGGACGCCGCCCGUGUCCGGGGGAUCUGUUGACACACCAGGAGAACGGGUAACAGAGAGAGAUGAAAGCCCGAAGGAGUUGACUGCAAUGACAACGGGGACUCGGAUCUCACUGGGAGAGAAUGCCACCCGAGCUGCGAGUCAGGCGCAGUCGCCGGAUCGCGUUUCCUCGAGAGGUGACAACAGAGCCGCCGCACAGUUGUUGCGGACGCCGCCCGUGUCCGAGGGAUCUGUUGACACACCAGGAGAAUGGGUAACAGAGAGAGAUGAAAGCCCGAAGGAGUUGACUGCAAUGACACUGGGGACUCGGAUCUCACUGGGAGAAAGGCCGAUUCAGGGUUGGGGAGACACAGGUCAGACGCCGGCAUUUUCUGAGACCGUCAGAGAAGAGGGGCGAGGAGUCUCAAUGACCUAUGACAAAAUCCUCAAGCCUGGGAGCAAUGAAAGCCCACUGGAUGUAAAUGAACGCCGCGGUGAAUGCGACCCAAACCAAAGAACUGAGACCGAAGUAGAGACGUCAUUCAGGGAAGUUGUUGAGGAAGUUGGAGAGGCUGAGAAGAAAAACGAGGAAAUUGUCAUUGUCUCAAAUGGCACAAGCUUGCAGGUACUUCCAGACAAUCCGGAGGCUCGUGUCGAGAGGCGACUUGAAAUAAAGACUUUUAGACAUUUCCCCACGGAUAGCCACAAAGGGAGGUCUGAGGAGGGUCAAAAAGGCCCAGAGCUCUGCGACCAACUGGACGGAAUCCCAGCAAAACCCGACGCAUCCUCAGCUUUGGAGGACCCUCCGGGAGAAAAGGAGCAGAGUUUGACGGCGUUUACCGAAGCGCUUGAAGUGAUCGAGUCCAGAUCGGACGGAGAUGGAGAGCCCGAGGGAGAUAAUGGUGCACUUGAAGGACCAGGAGGUAGCGAGCAUUCAGAUCCUGCCUCGCCUGCUCCGGACAUCAAGCAUCCGUCCAAGAAGUCCAACGGUUUUGUGUGGUGGAGCAUGUUGUACAUCCUAAGUCACAUCACACAGUUCACCACCUGCAGCCUGCUGGUCGCCGGAUUCGUUGUCAUUGUUUCCUUCUAUGAUUUCCCAGCAUUCUUCGUGCUUUACACGUUCUCACUAGUGUGGUGGUUUUAUAAGUGGAAAGGGCCUGAAGAGGCGACAAAAAGGUUGUUAGAGAGGGUGAAAUAGUAGCUAAACCAAGAUGUCUUCAUAGGGAAGUAGGUGCAAUGACACAUUUUUAUAACUAUUUUUGUCUUUCCUACCUAUCAAGUAGUGCACUGUUUGGCUUUUCUUGAAUAAAAUAAAUGAUUGGUCACCA